UGGCAGAGAGGGGUGGAGGCCAGUGGAGGGAUUGGCAGAGAGGGGUGGAGGCCAGUGGAGGGAUUGGCAGAGAGGGAUGGCAGAUAUGGAACGAUUACAUUCAUGAUAGAGUGAAGAGGGGAUAGCCUGCGAUGAGGUUGGCCAAUGAGGAGGGAGAUACAAUAGUCAAGACAAGAGAUAACCAGGGAGGGAAUACGUUGCUUAGUAGUUUCCGAAGAACGGGCGUUGCAGAUGUUGGAGAGGUUGGAGAUGUUGGAGAUGUUGUAGAGGUUGGAGAUGUUAGGGAGGUUGGAGAUGUUGUGGAG